AUGGCAUCGCUGCAGCCUCCAGUAAGAACAGCCCUGUCCUGUACUUUUUGUCGUCAAAAAAAACUGCGAUGUGAUCGCCUCCAACCGUGUAGCAGCUGUGUCAAGCGUGGUCUGGACUGCGUCUACACACACCCGACUUCGGCUACUUCGCGUCGCAAUCCUCCCACAUCAGCGCGGCACUUGAGUCAACGCAUUCGGCAACUCGAGGAGCUCGUAACGGUCUUGCAGAAGGCUGGGGACGCAGGUCAUGAGACUGGCCCCCUGCACACCGCGCAGAAGAGGCAAGUUGACGAAGCAGAUGGGCAAGAUGUAAUCACCAGCUCGUUGGGAAGUAUGCGCGUAGAUCCGACGGGUAUGAGCUAUGUUUCAGGUGCGCACUGGGCCGCACUUCAGGAUAGUAUUGCUGAGAUUAAGGAGUAUGUUGACUCUGAGUCACCCGUCACUAUGCCUGAUGCAGAGUUCGGCCAGCAAGGGUCCGCGUUACUACUGGGACUGUCACCACCGGGUGGGAUGGAGGAGAUCCUGGCUCAUAUCCCGGCACGACCCAUCGUUGACCGGUUAGUAUCGCGAUUCUUCAGUUCGAUGGAACCUGGUGUUUGUGACAUAAUGAAUCUCGCCAUCCACCUGCACCAACGCACCGAAGGCCCCGCCACACCGGACCCCAUCAACAACAACAACAACAACAUCACCACCCCCGAGACCCAAUGCGAGACCUUCCGCCUGCAAGCCGCCUACUGCCUCGUGACCGCCAAAUACACCACCCCGACCAAAUACACCCUCGAAGCGCUGGCCCUAUACACACAGACCGAGUACUUCCGCAGCAAAGACGCCCAGCACGAAGUCUGGCUCCUGAUGGGGAUGACCAUCCGCCUGGCGAUGCGGGCCGGGCUCCACCGCGACGGGGUGGGGUACUCCCCAAAACUCUCCUGCUUCGAUGCCGAAAUGCGCCGGCGCCUGUGGUCGCUGAUGGCGCAGCUCGACGCGCUGUUUUCGUUCCAGAUCGGACUGCCGCGCAUGAUCGCCAGCGGGGUGGCCGACACCCGGCCACCGCGCAACUUGCUGGACGAGGACUUCGGUCCAACGUCCACCAGUCUCCCGCCGCCCCGUCCGGAGACCGAGUUCACGCCGGUCCUGUAUCUCAUCGCCAAGAGCCGGCUGGCGGAGGUAUUCGGCCGCAUCGCGGAUCACGUCGCUUCCACGGUCCCCACGGCCCCGAGCCAAGUAGUUCAACUGGACGAGCAGCUUAACGCCGCCUACGCGGGCACGCCGACCGUUCAGCCGGGCGGGGUGCUGAGUCGGUGUCGCUGGUUCGUCACCUCGUUGACGACCCAUGAUUUCAUCUUCGCUGCCAUGGUGGUGUGUUUCGAGCUGCAUUUGCGGGGGCGAGAGGGUGGCGGGGACACACACGUAUACAAUCCGGGGACGGAGGCGCUGCUGCUCGCGUUACGCACUUCGCAGGGGAUCCUGAGUCAGUAUCAGGGGGAGUCGGCGGAGGCGAGGCAGGCCUGGUUGGCGAUUAGCGUCCUGGUGCGGAAGGUGGAUGGCUCGGGCGAGGAUGCUGUGGCGGGAGGUGACGGCGGGGUUGAUACGGUGACAGAGUCAGAGCAGGAUAAAGAAAUGCUGGAUUAUCCAGUAGAGCGGUUCCACGAUAUGUCGGCGCCAGGUAUGCCCUCCAGUAUCGUGCCGUUGGUUGACGAAUUCGAUUUCUCUCAACUGCCGAGCGAUCUGGUCAAUAUGUGGGGAUUCUCGGCAGAUACGAAUUGGGUGUUUGAGAAUAAUACUUGA